AUGGCUCGCGUGAGCAUUAAGGACCAUAUGUUUAAUGCGCACCGCACGAACCUCACGCGAGCCAUACUCGAUGCGAAUACCAAGAUACUCGACACAGAAACCCACCCGGUUGGCAACAACUACAUGCCGGUCCCAAGCCCGGAUAAAUGGGGAGGGGUGAGGAAAGAAAUAGCAAACUACCUCACUAUUUUGCAGAAAUACCUUAUGGAUCAGUACAAUCAAAUAAGUUCAGAUAUGGUGCUGGAAAGUGAGACCCCUGGGCUGGAAAGCACCUAUCAUAUUACCAGGGAUGAACGUGAACGUAUUUCAAGUAGCGAAGGCAUUUAUGACGUGGACGGGACAAAUCCAUCAGGACUCCCGCCUGCUGAUGUGGCUCAGAGCAAAAGGAAGCGUCUACGUUUUACAACAACUAUUCACAAUAUUGGCACAUGGAAUGUUCGCGGCAUGAACAUAGGCAAACUCGAAAUCAUCAAGCAAGAAAUGCAACGACUUCAUAUCGAUCUGUUGGGCAUCAGCGAGCUUCACUGGACGGGUAAUGAAUAUUUCAAAAGCGAUGAAUACACCGUCGUCUACUCUGGAAACGACACCAUCAAACGCAAUGGAAUGGCAUUCAUCGCAACAAAAGCACCUCCGCUCAAUCACGGUUCUACAAAAAUAUGCACCAAAAGCAGAUGCACCAGAGAAAGACAUCGAAGAUUUCUAUACAAAACUCCAAGAGACAAUCGACCAGAUCCCAGCUCCCGAAACGAAGGCUGCACACUUGGACAGCACCAAACGGUAUACAUCGAAACUAAAUCGACUACAUCCUAUCGCUCCUCAAUGAAUUUUGAAAACAGAUGGGUCUUGAAAUCUGCUCUAAACUUCGCAAGUGAUGGAGAAGUAGUCAGAGAAGUAGGUAGAGAGUUCCAGAGAAAAGGACCAGAAAAAGCAAAAGCAGAUUUGGCAAAAGAGUGUUUAACACCAGUUAAGAAAAAGCGAGAAGAAAAAGACAAUCGUAAACCGGGGCUGUCGACGCAUAACCUGAAGGAUGUGGACUAA